AUGGGUUCUCUUGAUGCUUAUGAUUUGAUGUACUGUGGGAAAAUGAUGAUGGCACUAAACGAACAGAGAGAAAGCAAAGGGCAUAGUGACUUUGCAAUUAUGGUCGGCGACAAGAAAAUACCAGCACACAGAAACGUUCUGUCAGCAGGAUCAGAUUAUUUUCGGGCAAUGUUGUCUCAUGAAAACGUUGAGAGCAGCGCUGGCAUUGUGGCAAUGAAACAAGUUCAAUACUCAAGUGUGAAAACCUGCAUCAAUUAUAUUUACACAGGUAAUUUUCCCAAUCCUGAUCGCGAGGAGCGUGAACAACUGAUGCAUACCGCUCAAAUGCUCCAGUUACAAGGUAUGUGCGACAAAAUUGCUGUAUCUCUUGAGGAAGAACUGAGUACAGAAUCGUUCUAUUCAACAAAGAUGAUUGCGAACACUUUCAACUGCACCGGUUUAGUUGAAAGUUGCAACAAAUAUGCUCUGGAAAAUUUUCAAUCAAUUGCUGCUGAAGACGAUUUCAAACAUUUGGAUAAAGAUUAUAUUUCCUUCUUGGUUGGAUCGAACGAAGUCGAAGCCUCUGAAGCUGUCAAGUGCAAAGCUUUGAUUAUCUGGACCAACUUCGAUGUAGAGACUCGGGCAUCGACGUUCGAAGAAUUAUUUGGUAACCUGGAUUUGAAGGAAAUGUCGGGGAAUUAUCAGAAGUUUCUGCUGGAGAAAGAGGAGAAAAAGGAAAGCCGAUUAUGGCUGGUCAAACCGCGGUGA